AGAAAAUCCCUGGACUAAAGAGGAAACCAUGGAGCACCCCAUAAUUCAGCAUGAAGAACAGCUUGGUCUGAAGCAGGAGACCGAAGACCGAAUGGAGGAACCUUUCCAAGGUUUGACAUUUGGAGAAAUCUUUCCAAAAAAAGAACAUUUAAUGGAUCACAAGAGCACUCACUCAGACCGCCUGCAGGAUUAUGUUGGAAAAGAGGAGGAUUUCUCUGACCAGCAGCUUUGUGGACAGGAGAGGAAAUCCAGUUUGGACCAAGAGGAGUCGGAACAUCCACAGAUAAAAGAAGAGCAUCAAAAGCCAGAACAUCCCUGGACAAAAGAGGAAACCAUGGAGCUCCCCAUAAGUGAGCAGAAAGAGCACCUUCUUCUUAAGCAAGAGAUUAAAGAUACAAGAAAGAAACAUUUCCCAUGUUUGACAUGUGGAGAAAACUUUCUUAAAAAGAAGCAUUUAAUGGUUCACAUGAGAAUUCACACAGGUCAGAAGCGUUUUGAAUGUCUAUCCUGUGGAAAAAGCUUCACUUACAAAUCUGAUCUUGAUAAACACAUGAGAAUUCACACUGAUGAGAAGCCUUUUUCCUGUACCAUUUGUAACUAUACAUUUAUUCAAAAGAGUAGUUUGACUUCUCACAUGAGAAUUCACAUAGGUAAGAAGCCUUUUGAAUGUCUGUCCUGUGGAAAAAGCUUCCCUGACAAAUAUCGUUUUGAUAGACACAUGAGAAUUCACACUGGUGAGAAGCCUUUUAAAUGUCUGUCCUGUGGAAAAAGCUUCCCUGACAAAUAUCGUUUUGAUAGACACAUCAGAAUUCACACUGGUGAGAAGCCUUUUUCCUGUACCAUUUGUAACAAUAAAUUUAAUCAUAAGAGUAGUUUGACUUCUCACAUGAGAAUUCACACUGGUGAGAAGCCUUUUGAAUGUCUGUCCUGUGGAAAAAGCUUCACUGACAAAUCUAGUCUUGAUAAACACAUCAGAAUUCACACUGGUGAGAAGCCUUUUUCCUGUACCAUUUGUAACAAUAAAUUUUAUCGAAAUAGUAGUUUGACUACUCAUAUGAGAAUUCACACUGGUGAGAAGCCUUUUGAAUGUCUGUCCUGUGGAAAAAGCUUCACUGACAAAUCUUAUCUCGAUAAACACAUCAGAAUUCACACUGGUGAGACGCCUCUUUACUGUACCAUUUGUAACAAUAAAUUUACUCAAAAGAGUCAUUUGACUUCUCACAUGAGAAUUCACACAGGUGUGAAGCCUUUUGAAUGUCUGUCCUGUGGAAAAAGCUUCACUGUCAAAUCUAGUCUUGAUAGACACAUCAGAAUGCACACUGGCGAGAAGCCUUUUUCCUGUACCAUUUGUAACAAUAAAUUUAAUCAAAAGAGUAAUUUGACUUCUCACAUGAGAAUUCACACUGGUGAGAAGCCUUUUGAAUGUCUGUCCUGUGGAAAAAGCUUCACUAACAAAUCUCAUCUUGAUAGACACUUCAGAAUUCACACUGGUGAGAAGCCUUUUGAAUAAGUCACAGCAGUGAGAUGCCACAGGAAUGAACAGUAGAGGUGUUUACCACGUUUGACUGGUGAUAAAAUUUCCAUCUAGAAACUCCUUCACCUCAUUACAUUAGACACUCAUGGGUCAAAGUCCUUUUUUUAAAACAAAUUUUGAGAAAGCCAUUAAUUAACAACUCUGUUUACAUAGAAACCAGAACUGAUAAGGUGUUAUAUAGUAAAUCUGGUAAAUACGUAGGUCCUGGGUGAAUAUUUGGAAGUGAACAUUUGAAAGUUAAUUAUUUUGGACCUGAGUAAA